AUUGGUCUACCUCCUCUCACCAGGAAAUGGAGAGGUCCUGCCAGGAUUACGAGACGACUAGGUCCAGUUGCUUUUGAGAUUGAAGACCUCGAAACAGAAGUCCAGUUAAAAGCCCACCUGAAUCACCUGAAGGCUUAUCAUCCACCGGCAGAACUGUCAUAUGGCACGAGUGACAGUGAUGGAGAAGAGGAUGAUGAUAGAGAUGAUCCGAACCCGCCAAACCCAGACGCAAACGACCCUUGGGUUGCUGUGCUGACCUCUCUGGUGAUGGAGCCAGGGUUUGAUGCCGAUAGGCGUGACUGCCGAGACACGCGACCCUCAAGAAACCUGCACCCAGAUGAGCAGAUGAUGCAGCACUAACUCCUUUUUGUAUUGUUUGUGU